ACAUCUACAUUUGAUGGUCAGCGGUAUUAUACAUCGAAACAAAACAACCAAGAUGGCGUCCAUACUGACAAGGGUUGUUGUCAUGUGGUCAAGGCAGGUGUGGGUAAGAGGUCGGUUAAUGGCAAGCCUCGCUGGGACUGCACAAGAACCAAGCAUGAUGGAUAUGGCUGACAUUGCUCGCCAUCUCAGGCAGACAGUUGGAGGCACAAAAGAAUUUUGGAGCGGGGAGACGACAAGACCUACAAACCUACCCCCCCUUGAGCAGCCAGAGUCACAGGAUAUGUUGCCAGCCAGAUGCAUGGCCGACAGCUUCCAGGUCGCAUACCUCCCUCUUGGGUCAGAUCGCAAGCGCAGGGAAAAAUAUCUUAACUUUUACAAUAUGGUUAGAAUUGGAAAAAUACUUGAGGAUCUUGAUAUUCUUGCAGGCUGGAUAGCAUAUUUUCACAUCCAUGGAAGCAAGCAAGAACUUUUGUCUGGGAUGUCUCCACACACUGUUGUCACUGCACUUGUAGAUAGAAUAGACCUGCAUGAUCAUGCAGUCUUACCAGAUCAGGAUAUAAAAAUGGAAGGGAAUGUUACAUGGGCCGGCAGGAGUUCCAUGGAAGUUACCAUGAGAUUGAGUCAGCUGAGGGCGGACGCACACUUUAAGCAUCUUCUUGACGCUCGCUUUCUAAUGGUUUCUCGAGACGUACACAAAGGAAAGGCCGCGAUGGUGAAUCCUCUUGUUGCAGAGACCCCCGAAGAAAGAGAGAUUAUACAGAAAGGAGAAGAAAACCACGUGCUGACGUUGGAUAGAUGGAAAACCGCUUUGACAAAAGUUGCACCAACAGCCGAGGAAAGCCAAAUAAUUCACAACUUGAUGCUGAAGUCUUCUCUUUUUGACACAAGUGUCAAGACGUCCGCACAGAACAAGAAUGACCAGAUAGUGAUGAUGGGCGAUACAGAGCUCAGUUCCCUCUCCAUCUGUAACCCACAGCAACGAAACUCGCAUAACAAGGUGUUCGGAGGGUACUUACUGAGGAAGGCCUUUGGACUAGCGUGGGCGAGUGCUUGCUUGUUUUGUCGCACCAAGCCUCAGUUCGUGGCCAUGGACGACAUCUGGUUUCGUCGCGGCGUUGAGAUUGGCUCACUCAUCGAGUUCACCUCACAGGUCGUCUACACCCCACCAGAACAGACAAACCGCUUUCAGAUUAUGACUGUAGCCGACGUGCUUGACCCGGGCACUGGAAAGCGUGAGACAACAAAUGUGUUUUACUACACGUUUGAGAGCGAGAUGGAAGUACGCCCAGUAGCGCCGAGGACUUAUGCAGAGGCCAUGCGGUACUUGGAUGGCAAGAGGCGUUAUGACAAGGGGGAACUUCUCAAGGGGGAGGAGGUUGUCUAGGAAACAUAUCACCGCCUACUGUCAUGGUACACCAUCAGCCUUGAUGACAUCAUCAACGCAUGUCUCGUGGUUAUCAUCAUCAUCAUUAUCACGAUUGCGCGUUGACCCUUGUGUCGUUCACGCCGUGUUCCCGCAAUGCACGGUUAUGCGUGUGAUUCGGAUCAGUCACGUCACGACGAAAUGGAGUGUUUACCACGACAAAAGUAACAGCGUGAUCACGUUUGUCACGAAAUUAUCACGUAUGUGGCGACAUGAUACGUCUAUCACGAUAUGGUCACUUCGUGGCUUGUUU